ACCCAUAAAUUCCUCAGAAAUUACCCUGCAGCAGCAUGCAAACCCCGGCCUCCAUGGUGAUGGGCAUCGUGUUCGCCCCUCUGGGCCUGGUGCUGGUCUUCAUGGCAGCCAUCACGCCCCAGUGGAGGGAGGGGCAGACCCAGCUAGUGGGUGUGGGCGGGGCCGAGCCCCGCCUCCUCCUGCGCACCGAUGGCCUAUGGGAGAGCUGCCUACAGGUGGCCCACUCGGAAUUGAAGCAGUGCUGGCCAGUAGAAGGCGCCUACCAGAGCGACCCACAGGUGAGGCUGGCGCAAGGCCUUGUGCUCAGCUCCUUGUUCCUGUGUGGUGCCGGCAUUGUGCUGGCCAGUGUGGGGGUGAGGUGCUGGACCGACCUGCCUCUGAGAAGCGUGGUGGCGGCGGGAGGCCUGCUAGUGGCGCUGUCAGGCCUGCUGAGUCUAACCGCCCUGGGGGUGUACACACACGACCUUGGAAUACUGGGGAUGGAGCAGACACCCCCCCACAGACCUCGUCAUAGGCUGCCACAGCUCACUCUCCACCCGGCCGGGUCGCUCUACUUCGGCUGGGUGGGGGGAUGUGUACAGGUGGUGGGGGGGGUGGCGCUACUGCUCAGCUUCAAGAUUCGGCCCAGAUGUCCCUCCUGCUCACAGCUGAAGAACAAGCAGGACACAGAGGUGUACGACAUCAGCUGUUAGUGGAGACUGGGGGAGAGUUACUGUGAGUGAAGAUGAUGAAUUGGAUUUACCCUUAACACUACAAAGCCAAGCAAAAGCCGAACCAAGCUGUACUGCAAUUGCUUGGUAUGUUUCCACCAUAGUUGCUAGAACAAUGCUGGAAAGGGCAUUGUGAAAGAACAUAUCUAAGCCAACACAGUAAGGUUCAGGUCGACAUCAGGGGCAGACUGGGACCAGCAAUUGGCACUGGCAUUUCUAAAAUACUGGCCAUUGUUUUUCCUCGAGGCCCCCAAACCGGACAUUUUUUUCCCCUUGAAGUCCCCAUUAUUAGCAAAAUAAUGAUCAAUUUGUGCAAAAACCCAAGCUAGAAAGGUCUAAAAAUUUACCCGAAACGCAUUCUGCCCCUGGUUAAGGAUGAUGAACUUGAACUUUCGUAAAGGAAGCUGUAUGGCACUGUAUGGCACUGAGAUGAUAACCUUUAAAAAAUAAAGUAUUCAUGUUGCCUUUAACUGCAAAAAAAAGUAUAGAACUGUCACAAAGCAACGUUUUGAUGUCGGCCUUGUAGGUAGUUGUAGUAGCCUACUACCCAUGCCUUUGCCAACUCUUUGCCCUUUGUCUAAUACUUUCUCUUUCUUUCCUGAUUUUCAUUAAGUCAUACAGCAGACCCUACUACUUCUGUGUCAAACUAAAUGUAUAUGAUUUAGGGAUAAUCUUAGAUCUAAGGGUAUAUUUAGGACUUAAGCUUUAGAAGCCGUGUUAGUUGUUGACCAUUUUUGACAAUACCUCAAAGAAUUAU